UCCUAGACACCAUGCCCCAAGAAAAGUGAUCUCUUCCCCGGCUUUCACGAUGGAGGACUCGGGGAAGACUUUCAGCUCUGAGGAGGAAGAAGCAAACUAUUGGAAAGAUCUGGCUAUGACCUACAAGCAGAGGGCGGAGAAUACGCAAGAGGAGCUCCGGGAAUUCCAGGAGGGAAGCCGGGAGUAUGAAGCCGAAUUGGAGACACAGCUGCAACAAAUUGAAACCAGGAACAGGGACCUCCUCUCAGAAAAUAACCGCCUUCGCGUGGAGCUAGAAACCAUCAAGGAGAAGUUCGAAACGCAGCAUUCUGAAGGCUACCGGCAGAUCUCAGCCUUGGAGGAUGACCUUGCCCAGACAAAAGCAAUUAAGGAUCAACUGCAGAAAUACAUCCGGGAGCUGGAGCAAGCAAACGAUGACUUGGAAAGAGCAAAACGGGCCACAAUCAUGUCUCUAGAAGACUUUGAGCAGCGCUUGAAUCAAGCCAUUGAAAGAAAUGCCUUUCUGGAGAGCGAACUUGAUGAGAAGGAGAAUCUCCUAGAAUCUGUUCAGCGACUGAAGGAUGAGGCCAGAGAUCUGCGGCAGGAAUUGGCUGUGCAGCAAAAGCAGGAGAAACCCAGGACCCCCAAGCCCAGCUCGGUGGAAGCUGAAAGGACAGACAUAGCUGUGCAGGCCACUGGCUCUGUGCCGUCCACUCCCAUAGCUCAUCGAGGACCCAGCUCGAGCUUCAACACACCUGGGACGUUCCGACGCGGUCUGGAUGACUCCACGGGUGGGACCCCCCUCACACCUGCUGCCCGGAUAUCUGCCCUCAACAUCGUGGGAGACCUGCUGCGGAAAGUGGGGGCACUGGAGUCCAAACUUGCAUCCUGCCGGAACUUCAUGUAUGAUCAGUCCCCAAACCGGACGAGUGGCCCGGCCUCAGGACGGGGGAGCAAGAACAGAGAUGGCGGUGACAGACGGGCAGGCAGCACCAGUGUGCCUCUGGGUGAUAAAGGGUUGGGAAAACGCCUGGAAUUUGGGAAGCCGCCUUCAAAUGUUGCCUCACCAUCGCUGCCGCCAGCCCAGGGUGUAGUCAAGAUGUUGCUUUAGGAAAGCCACGGAAGCCAAAGCCCCUGGUUGUCUGUGUGGGAGUUGUUACCUUUCUUGCCUGCUUUUCUUUAAACUAGGUUUUUGGUUUCUUUAGGUUAGUUUGAGAAAUAGAAGCCAGCAGUCACACUGGCCAAUGACUAUGGCCAUCCCCUGUGGCCCCUGAUGGUUGUGCCCAUGAAAUGGUGUCUCAUAAUUGCCAG